GCGGCAGCCCCGGAGCCAUGGCUAGCCUCGGCCACCCUGCCGCCUUCGGCCGGGUCACGCACGCCGUGGUGCGGGCGCUGCCCGAGUCCCUGAGCCAGCACGCGCUGAGGCGCGCCAAGGGCGACGAGGUGGAUUUCGCCCGCGCCGAGCGGCAGCACCAGCAGUACGUGGGCGUGCUGGGCAGCAAGCUGGGGCUGCAGGUGGUGGAGCUGCCGGCCGACGAGAGCCUCCCGGACUGCGUGUUCGUGGAGGACGUGGCCGUGGUGUGCGAGGAGACGGCCCUCCUCACCCGGCCCGGGGCGCCCAGCCGGAGGAAGGAGGUGGACAUGAUGAAAGAAGCAUUAGAAAAGCUUCAGCUCAAUAUAGUAGAGAUGAAAGAUGAAAAUGCAACUUUAGAUGGUGGAGAUGUCUUAUUCACAGCCCAGAACAACAGCCUGUUUCUCUUAGAAAAUAGGCUUUUGUGGAAAGCUAGAUGUAUCAUGCAACAAAUGAGUGACCACCGCUAUGACAAGCUCACGGUGCCUGAUGACAUGGCUGCAAACUGUGUGUAUCUCAAUAUCCCCAGCAAAGGACAUGUCUUGCUGUACCGAACCCCAGAAGAGUAUCCAGAAAGUGCAAAGGUUUAUGAGAAACUGAAGGACCAUCUGCUGAUCCCUGUCAGCAUUUCUGAAAUGGAAAAGGUGGAUGGGUUGCUCACCUGCUGCUCUGUUUUAAUUAACAAGAAGGGGGACUCUUAAGCCACAGAGUUCCUCUCUGGUAGCCAGCAAGAUGGCCCAAGCCAGGCCGGUGACUCUCUACCUACUCCCUUUGUUAUCCUUGACAAUCUACUGUGCUACUAACUCUUGUUUACAAAAUUUUAAUUCCAAGGUUAAUUGCUUCAUUUUCUGCACCCUCACCCUCCUUCCUCUCAUGGUGGUACCUAAACUGUGGAUUUGCUAAAUUAAUUAAGCAACCUAGAAAAUAGAAAGCUAAUGAAUCAUUGCAAUGUGAUUAAUAAUAGUAUGGAAACACUCAUCAUGGUGUUUGUAUAUCUGUGUGAAAGUCAUUCAGUUGCCAUAUAUUCCGAAGAUUGUCUUCCCAAUCAGUCAGAUAAACUAGGUUUUCUUCUCUGCAUCAUGAAUCAUAUUUGGUUCCAAGGUAUUUUCUUUGACCUUUUCUAGUUUCCUCACAAAUACCUUGGCCUUGGGGAAAAUCCAAAGUCUGUGUAUUAGAUACCUUCCUUCAGGGCUAUGUUGUCUGCUAGCAGUCUCCUCUGCCCCCUGGCCACACCUUUUAAUACCAGCAGUCCAUAUCUGUGACUGCUUCAGGGAGCAUUCACUACACCAAGGCAGAUCCCAACAGUUUGCCCCAGAGAUAGAAAUUCCAGAAGAAGUUGAGCACCACACCUACAAAAGUAAUAUCUGCACUAGAUGGUUGCUAAGGGAGCCUAGAUCAGGACACUUGGAAACACCCCAUGGGUACAACAUCUUAGAGAGUCUCUAAGUCACAUACCGUGAAUUUUUGCCUCUUUACUGGUCUUAGAGGCCCUGAGAGGAAAGUCUCAGUUUUUCCUUCAGGUUAUUUCUGUUUUCCCCCUAAUCUGACUCACCCUAUUUCCAGCUUUCAACCCCUUGCAAUCGUGAAGGUCUAUCAAAGUCAUCCUUUCAAGAGACAUCACGUCUUA